AUGCCACUUCUCAGUGAGUCUGCACGCCUUAAGGUUCUUGUGCCGGAGAAGUUGUCCCCAGAUGGACUCUCGCUCCUCCGCGGCUCCGUGGACGUUGAUGAAAGAAGGGGCUUAGAUGCAGACGAGCUGCUCAGGAUAAUCCCGCAGUAUGAUGCUCUCCUCAUCAGAUCGGAAACAAAAGUCACUGCUGCGGUGCUCCAGGCCGCGAAGAGACUCCAGGUCGUUGCUCGGGCUGGCGUGGGGGUAGACAAUGUCGAUGUGCAAGAGGCAACCAAGCUGGGCAUUGUGGUUGUCAAUUCACCUUCAGGAAACAUUGGAGCCGCUGCCGAACACACGAUUGCUCUUCUGAUGGCAAUGGCAAGAAACAUUCCCGAGGCUCAUGGCAGUUUAAAGGGAGGCAAGUGGGAGAGAAGCAAGUUUGUCGGCGUCGAAGUCAAAGGGAAGACCUUAUCUGUCAUCGGUCUGGGAAAGGUCGGAUUGACGGUUGCACGACUCGCCAAAGGCCUGGGGAUGAAUGUCAACGCCCUCGACCCCUAUGCAUCCCCAGCUGUUGCGGCGUCUGCGUCUGUGACGUUGGUCUCGUCUCUACCGGAGCUGCUCGCCACGGCAGACUUUCUGACCAUCCAUACCCCCCUGAUUGCAUCAACCAAGGGAAUGAUAUCCACCGCUGAGCUGGCGCAGAUGAAGCAGGGUUCUCGGAUCUUGAACGUUGCCCGGGGAGGCACGAUCGAUGAGCUUGCGUUGAUCGACGCUCUCGAGUCUGGCCAGCUCGCAGGGGCUGCGGUGGAUGUGUUCACCUCGGAGCCUCCAGCCCCAGACUCUCCUGCCGCCAGGCUUAUUGCCCAUCCCAAGGUGGUGGCGACGCCUCAUCUGGGCGCGUCCACCGUGGAGGCGCAGGAGAAUGUCUCCAUCGAUGUCUGUGAGCAGGUGCUCCAGAUUCUAGACGGGUCUCUCCCCCGGAGCGCAGUCAACGCGCCUCUGAUCCUGCCCGAGGAGUACAAGACAUUGCAACCGUUUGUCCAUCUGGUCGAGAAGAUGGGAAGCUUGUACACGCAGCACUAUGCGUCGGCAGCCGGCGGAUCCAUGGCUCGUAACACCUUCGACCUCAUCUACCAGGGCGAGGUCAGUAACAUCCACAACACCAAACCUCUCUUUGCUGCCCUGAUCAAGGGUCUUCUAGCCCCGAUCAGCGGGUCGGAGAUCAACGUCAACAUCGUCAAUGCCGAGCUGGUGGCGCGCGAACGCGGCAUCCUCGUCAACGAACAGCACUCCCGCGAGAUGUCGGACUACUCCUUCUCCUCUCUCGUCACGCUCAUCGCCCGACCACCCUCCCGUGCGCAAUCUCGUGCUCCCGACUUAGCAGGUUCCCUUCGUGCCACGACGGAGACGGCUGCUGAUCCUCGUUCUCAGCGCGUUAUUUCCGGAACGUGUUCGGGAGGCCAGCCGUUGAUCAACCGGCUGGGACGGUUCGAAACCUCCUUUUCUCCCGAGGGAACGCUGCUGAUCUGUGAGAACUACGACUCACCGGGGAAGAUAGGUGUUGUGGGCAGCAUUCUGGGCCGCGAAGAGGUCAACAUCAACUUCAUGACCGUCGCUCCUGUCUCGAAGCGAUUCCUCGACGGCCACCACGUGGAGAGUACCGACAUCAACAAGUCAGCUCGUGGAGAUAGUGUACAGGCAAGCGGGUCUUCAAAGGAGGCGCUGAUGAUUCUGGGGAUCGAUCGCGUGGUGGACAAGAGUGUAGCGGAUGCUUUGGUCAAGGAAGGAGGAGUGCUCAGCGCCACUGCAGUGAGUCUGUGA